AUGCUCAAGAUCCCGGCCAAAUCAGCAAUGACGGUCGCAGCGCGGGACCUAGUGAACUCGCAGGCGAGGACUCCCCAGAAGCGUUACGCGAAUACCUCCAGUCUGUCACGGGGACUCCAGAAGGUCUGGGUGGGUGGCUGGGCCAGCGUGAAGACGCGCUAUAGAGACCCUCUCGAUAUCGUGCUCGAGCAACUCACAAACUUUGUGUCGGAUGCGAGGACAUAUGUCCCAUCACCAAGACACGUGAUGCCUGAGCGCGGGUGGAAACUUGCCGAGCCUUCUAGCCCCGAGGAUCUGAAGAGAGCCGAUGAGAUGGGUCAGGCGUCUCUCAAGGACUUGAAGAGCAACAGCAAAGACACAACGAUCCGCGAGCCGACAGACGCGAGGAUAGUUUUCCAUCCUCCCCGGGGAGCUCAUGCGUCGCGGAACCUCUUCUACAAAUGGACACAGGAUGCUGCAAAGCAAGGUCGAGUGGUAGAGACCGGUGGUUCUAACACGUUGGUGUGGUACGGUCAGCAGCGAAGAGACGGCAGCGAUUUCAAGCACAUUGUCGUGGCUGAUUAUGAAACAAUUUUCCCGGAGCUGGGGAUCCCAAUUCGGCCAUGA